AUGGCGGCGCGCGCUACCGCCGGUGGCUGCGGCGAAGGGCCAUCGGGGCCGGCAGGGAGCGCCGAUCUCAUCACCGGCCUGCCGGACGAGGUCCUCGGCGCCAUCGUAUCCCUCCUCCCCGUCAGGGACGGCUGCCGCACGCAGGCCCUCUCCCGCCGGUGGCGCCCCAUAUGGCGCGCCGCGCGCAUCAACCUCGACGACGUCGCCGACAUGCACGUCUCCAGGAUCCUCUCCUACCGCUACGACCGCACGGAACCCCGCGAGGUUGUCGGCGUCGGCACCUGGACCCGCUCCCGGGAUCUGCUGGAGGUCGAGCUCGCCCUGGCGUGCAGGGAAGAGCGCAGCAGCACCGUGCCCGCGAUCCGCAUGGUGAGAUUCGGCUGCCGCCGCCUGCCGCCCAGCCUGCCUGUGGAUUUCCCGCUCGUCCGGCAGCUCAGCCUGCACGGUGUCACCCUGACGGAGGAGGCUCUCCGGGCCGUGCUCUCGGGCUGCCCUGCAUUGGAGAGCCUUCUGCUGGCGGAGAGCGUGGGCGCUACAUGCCUCCGCAUCAGUUCCCCGACUCUCCAGAGCAUCGGCUUCUGUGCUCCUUGGGACAAGCAAGCUGCCGAUGGCAGUGCCAAUGUCGGAGAGAUGGUAAUCGAGGAUGCCCCCCGCCUCGUGAGGUUGCUCCCACUCAAUCCAGACCAUGGUCCGGCGACGAUCCGGGUGAUCCGGGCUCCUAAACUAGAGGUAUUGGGUCCGCUGAGCAAAGGCAUUCUACGGCUCCACCUUAGAACGACAGUGUUUCAGGAAACGGUUGGCGUUAACUUGACAACCACGAUGCACACCGUGAAGGUUUUGUUUCUUGAUCAAGUUGGACCCGAUUUGGAUAGAGUUCUUCGCUUCCUCAAGUGCUUCCCGUGCUUGGAGAGGCUUUAUAUCAUUUUAGAGCCAAGGAGGUCUACCUAUCAAUUAUCUGAAGAAGAGAGAGACACCCAAAAUAACAUGAAAAACGUGCGCAAGAAUGUCUCACAGGAUAAUCCGAUCGAAUGCCUUGAGCACCACUUAAAAAAAGUGGCGCUGAAAGUCUACAAUGGUGUGGGUCCAGAAGUUGACUUUGCCAGGUUCUUUGUUUUGAAUGCCAAAGUGCUAGACAUAAUGGAAUUUGGACUAGUUGUAAGUGCAAUUGGCGGUCCCUGGGAAGAAUGGAGGGCCAAUCGAUGGAGGUCCAAUCAGAACAAGCAGCUACAGGUUGAAGACAGAGCUUCUCGGGAUGCUCAAUUUGAAUUCAAAAUGUUUCGUACGAUGAGUUACAAAGACUUUAAGAAGUGUACCCAUGAUCUGUCAAUGGCUGAUCCGUUUGACACCUCGUUCUUGGAUGGAUAUUUUACACUGUGAGAAGGUACCCUUGUCCCAUGUUCAAAGCGCAACAUUUUGAUAUCUUCAUGACUUCAUCUGAGUUGUAAAGUUGUUUCGCUACUUUGAUGCUCAUUUCCUACAAGUAUCAGCUAUUUACUUAAUGCAGCA